AUGAGCUCAAGAGCUGAUGUUCUGGCUAGCCUUCUGUCUGAGGUCCUUUUCCUCAACACCGUCGACGACUCCCUUGAUGGGGACGUUGACGAAGCUCCUCUGAGCGAGACCAUGAAGAGCAUCCUUCAGGGCAUAGGAUCUGCAGGUGCGGAAACGAAAAGCACAGCUGUGUCCGAAUACGUGUACGACCAGCUUUCAACACAGUUUGUCAAUGUGGGUGAGGCGGAAGACAAUUUCAAUAUAGAGUCAGAGGGAAAGUGGGAUGAAAUCUUCAGCAUUGACUUUCAAGAAGCAGAGUUGGAGUUUGCUGUCACAGUUUACAUUCUUCUCAACCUUUCAUAUGUAUCAUUGAUCAACAAACAAAAGAUGGGCCGCUUGUCGACCCUAAAGCCUGCUAUCACGCGUAUUCUAGAGAAGGAUCCACCCGAGCAUAUUGCCCUCCCUGUCAGCGAGCUUUAUGCCCAAAUUCUAUCCACAAAUUGUAAUGCUUUUGAUUUGGAGAAAGCUUAUAGAGAUGCAAGACGUAACCCCAAAACAUUUCUAAAGAUUCUCAACACGCUGGGUAAUGAGUUAAGCGAGCCGCAAUCUCAGAGUUACCUAUAUUUUGAGAACAUAUACCGUCAGUUUGAAAUAAAACCAGCACGUCCUCGCAUAUGCAUCCAGUUGUGGGUAUCCUUCAACAAUGUCACCUCUAAUCGCAUCCUGAGCAUUAACGACAAUCUCUUCAUCGAAAUCAAGCAAUCUGUGUUGUGUGUCUCAAACCAUGAAUUUAUUCUGGCCAUGUUUGAGGGAUUCGAAUUCGCGAGUGAUGUGCACUACGGAAUAACUUUAAAUGUUUCUACAGACGUGCUUUCUUUAUUUGUUGAUGGUGACAUGGUCGAAAAGAUCGCUUUGCCACUAGCGCUUGAAGAAAACAUAAGAGCUUUGGAGCUGGGAUCCAUGAUAAGCUCCUUCAAAGUUUACAAGUUCUGGCUCUGGUCAGAGCAGCUUUACGAGACAAGCAUCAAGCUCACAGACAGAUUCUCAAUCCGACAAAUCGACAAAACUGAGUUUCAAGCAGACGAAAAGGCUCUUUUUCCUGGGUUAGAUGAAUACGUAACCCAUGAGGUUUUGAGCCUUGUGGAGUUGCCAGGGCUAACAGCUGGUCUGUUUAAACAGCACAUAAAGCAAUUGAAUUCUGGAACUCUAAUUGCAUACAUCAACCCCCAUGAAACCAUCCAGAGCCUCAAGAGCCCAACAAAUGCAGAGUUUUCCAUCAAUUUGUGCGGGGCUGAAGGAGAAAGCAUUGUAAAAUGUUUAUACUAUAAAACGUCUAGCUUAGUGGCGUGUUUUCAAACCGUGGAGUUUGCCUCUAUUGUGCUUGAAAUGAUACACUCCUGCUCUGACCUCAAAAAUCUCUAUGGCGUUAUCGAGCAUUUCAUAAUACUGAUGAGAUGUUCUUCCCUUGAGAAGAUGUUUAUAAGAAGCUUCGGCUAUGAUUUUUUGGGUUUAUUACUCGUCAAGGAUGUCCUACCUCGUCUGCAUUCCACUCUAUCGAUUCCGUUCUUAACCCUUUUCUUUGAAUUUUGUGGUUGGAACACUGUUGAUCCCACUGCUUCCAUCAUGAAAAAUACAAGUGCUUAUGCGAAUCUUAUCUUGAACUUCGAGCUCUGGAUUUCUGUUGAUAGGGUUGCAGAUGAAGAGCCAGCAGUUGAAAUGGUAAGGUUCCUCAUUUUUCAGUUAGGCGAGAUGCUGCAAAAUUCGAAGUUUGCAACUUUCAACGCCAGACAGUGUAAAAAGCUGAAGGUGCUGGAAAGCCUCACAUGCCACCAGCACCUUGUCUACACAAAGAGCCCAGACCAAAAUUUCCUUGACUGUCUCCACAAGGAACUGGUAGGAAUUUUCAGAGCUCUUAUCAAGCCCCUCUCGCAGGUCGAAAUCUCGGGCCUUUUUCAAUUCGCAUAUUAUGAGGUGAAGAAAGAUCUUGAGCGCAGUGCAGCUGUUAUAAUGAAUUCUAUCAUGCUUGUACUCGCAGACUGGAUCGAAGCUGGAGAUAGCAGUGCGGUAGAGAUGUUUUUUAACGCAAUACCCAUAAAAAUUGUCCUGCUUAUUAUCGAAUGUGGGGGUUCCAUAAGCGUAGUUGCGCCAUCACUUAGCAUCAUCAUUACUUUCCUACAGGCAAAUGCAAACUCCUAUAAAAGGUUCGUCAGGAGCAAUGGUUUCCGUAUCCUCUUUGAUAUUCUCAAAGAUCAGAGUCUCGAAGAUUAUGAAGAGCUUGUAGCAGCAACACUUACUGGUGUUUUGACCGGAUCGCACCAAUUUAGGAGCGGCCCACUGUCAAACCUGUCCUGGAAAGAUAUUACAGUUAUCGAGGGCGCGGUUGCAUCUGAUGUGCACUGUUUGAUUUUAGAUUUGAUUGAGUGGGCUGUUUUGAACGACGUCAAAGCCCGGUCCCCUGCUUACAUCGAAGAAAUGGUUACAAGUUACUCUAUACUGCUGACUGAGCUGCAACAAAACUGUCCAGAAACGGUUCUGUUUGACCCCCAGCAAAGCCCUUUUAUGGGAAAGGUCGUGGAAGUGAUACUAACACUUGAUAAACCGCAAAACGCAGGAACGUAUGCUGCUGCUUCUCAGCAGAUGAUGUCUCUAUUGUCCGAUGUGUUAUUUUUUCGUCUGCUCCAUUCGCCGCCGUUAGAGUUUUCUAACCUGACACUGUGCUUAAUUAAAGGCAAAAAAAUUAAAGAGGCCGAUGAUUACGUGGAGCAGUUUUACUGGCAAUCCCCAUUUGUUCACACUCUGACUAGACUCGAAUCUUUCAUUCCAGCCUUCGAUGCACUGUUUCAACAGAGUAAGAAUAUAAUUCCCAACCUUACCUGCCUAUUAGAGCAGUUAACUGGCAGCCCGGCCUUCUAUCAAUUAGGCAUUGAUAAUUAUGUCAGGCUCCACAAAAUCAUACUCUCGUGUUACGAAUCGACAUUAAAGGAAACAUCGCAUAAUCAAGAUAAUAGCAUUAAAAAUGCACUUGAAUUGUGCGAGAUCAAAACUCUGUUUGCGCUUUUUAGUUAUCAUGAUAGUGAAAAGCCUUCUGCCAGCUCUGAAGAGAUUACAGCCUUUGUUGAAGCAACUUUGUUUCAUCAGUCCGUUUUAUUAGGAACGGAACACACUCGCCCUCUACUCGAUGUUGAAAAGAGCGCGUUUCUUCUUGCUAGCUUAGCGAGUUUGCUUGAUGCAUCUAAUAGCUUCCAAGCUCAAUCAAAUGUUAUGAAUUGCGUUCGGAUUAUAACACUUCACCGUUUAGAGGAUAUAACAGCCAUGGCUCACCUGAUAGACCGUGGUAAUAAGAACUUGGUUCAAAGGGUUCUUUCCUCGUCCAUUUCAACCAGCGAUGAAAAUCUUCUAGAUAAACUGACCUCUUGGGAAGUCAGAUCUUGCUUCAAAAGCUAUGCUGCUUCGCAGCUAAAGAAGUAUCACAAGAGAGAUACUCAAACUGUGAUUUCAAGCGAUGGGCUUAAAAGGUCCGAGGAUUUCUCUUCAAUUUUCAAACGCAGGGAGUUUGCUCUCGAGAAACGACUCCACGAAAUCAGCCUCAUUCGUGGCAUGUUCCAACGUGAUGGCAACAACACCCGAAACAAAAUUGUAAUAUCAGAAGACAAAAAACUACUAAACUUUGUCAAUGAUAGAGAAGACGAGUUACUAUUGUUUUACCAGCAUUUUUCACAGCUUAAGAAUUCCGUUAGAAGUUUGUCCAGAGUUAGGGGCAAUGAAAUAACCGAGGUUGAAUGGACUUUGGAUUCAAUGGAGGACAGCAACAGAAUGAGAAAAAGACUGAUUCCAAAACCUAUCCUGGUAAAGACGCCAAGCCUCACAUCGUCAGAAGCGCAAACGGACAAAAAUUCUACUCAUGUUGAGUCCGAUGUCGCACGCUAUGAAAGGAGAGACAGUAGCGCCAUUUCUUUCGAAGUAAUUAAUGAGCUCGAGGCUAUAAGCAUCGACUCUUUAGAAACUCAUGUCAAGAAUAGGAAAGUGCUCAAAAUCUUAGAGCAAGGUGAUACCAUAAUGCGCAUAUGGAAUUGCAGCAAUGUUAUUGGACUACGUGUUCAUGAGGGAGUCUUGAUAAUGGGUAAUGAGUACCUGUAUUUCAUGGGAGGCUACUUCUAUUCUUUCAAAGAUUGUAAUGUUGUUGAGCUUCAGGAUGCACCUACAGAGGCCCGAGAUCCGGCUGUUGAACUGAUCACCAAAGGGAAUAACAACGAUUUUUGCGAUUUCCCGACGCACGAGGUUCAAAGAUGGAAACUUUCUCACAUAAGCUUCGUUUCUAAGAGGCCUUUUUUACUCAGAGACUCAGCGAUUGAGCUUUCGUUCGAAAACGGGACGAACUGUUUCUUUACCUUUCAAAAUAAAAAUUGGAGAGACGAUGCUUACCGGCCACUAGAGAAAUGCGAAAGGCCUUCGACGAUGGACACUCUGCUAUCAGACGCCCUGCUUGAAGUUUCUGCAAAAAGUCAUGAUAUAAACGUCAGAAAUGGCCUUUCACAGCACACUCUCUCCAGAAAAGUUGUGAGCGUUUUUUCGAACACAAAGGCUUCUCUUUCGUUCGAGGCCCUAAAGAAGUGGCAAAACGGUCAGAUAUCGAAUUUUUACUAUCUCAUUAUAGUCAACACGUUGGCUGGAAGGACAUUCAACGAUAUUACACAGUACCCCGUCUUUCCGUGGGUAAUAGCCGAUUACAGGAGCGACGAGCUAGAUUUGACCAACCCUAGUACAUUUAGGGAUUUAUCAAAACCGAUGGGGGCCCAAUCAGAAGAUCGGCUGAACCAGUUUGUGGAAAGGUAUAAUGCCCUCAGCUCUUUUGCAGAUCAAGAUCCUCCUUUUCAUUACGGAACUCACUAUUCCUCGGCGAUGAUAGUCUCGUCUUACUUGAUGCGUUUAGCGCCCUUCGUUGACUCAUAUCUGCUACUUCAGGGUGGAAAGUUUGGUCACGCUGACAGACUGUUUAACUCUGUUGAGAGAGCAUGGUGCUCAGCUUCGCGAGAGAACACGACAGAUGUCCGGGAGCUAACUCCAGAGUUUUUCUAUUUGCCUGAUUUUUUAAGAAAUUUAAACAAUUAUGACUUGGGUACCCUACAAAGCGGCCAAAAGGUUGGCGAUGUGUCGCUACCCCCAUGGGCUAAAGGGGACCCGAAACUUUUUGUCGAAAAGAAUCGGGAAGCGUUGGAAAGUCCUUACGUCUCAGAACAUCUCCAUCAGUGGAUAGACCUUAUUUUCGGCUACAAACAAAAGGGCGAGGAGGCGGUGAGAGCUGCAAAUGUUUUCAACAGGCUAAGUUAUCCAGGAUCUGUGAACUUAAACGAGAUUGACGAUGAAAACGAACGUAUGGCGGUGACGGGCAUUAUUCAUAACUUUGGCCAGACUCCUUUGCAGAUAUUCCAAAACCCGCAUCCCAAAAAAUGCUCGCAUGAGCUCCCAAAUGUGAGUAAAAACCAAUGGAACGUAUUGACUCUGUCGCAAGCAACUUCAGUACAGCCCGGCCAUGACGUUCAUAUAACUCGCAUACAAAAAGACGAUAAAAUAACGGGCAAAAUUGUGUACAAAGGUCGACCAUUCUGGCAAAGAGCUCUUUCAGACGAGCCAUGCAGCUUUGUCGAUGCAUGCGGUCUACUUUCGUUCACAGUCAACGGAAGGGCAUAUAGGCAUGGGCAUCACUGUUCAGUAACUUAUGUUGAAUCUUUCAAAGAUGACCAAUUUUUUACCUCUGAUGAAUGUGGCUUGAUGAAGCACUGGCAAUACAAGCAAUCGAGAGGUAAAGAAGGGCUGGCUGAAAUUUCUCAGUACACUGGACACUUAUCUCCAAUUAAGAAGAUUGUUGUGUCAUCUGAAUACAAUCUUUUGUUGAGCUUGGAUGUUUCCGGGAAGCUCUUUUCUUGGGAUGUGCUUAGCUCGCAGCUACUUCGGUGUAUUGCCGCAAAUGCAAAAGAUAUUGCAGUCUCUAACAGAACAGGCUCUGUAGCUUUUGCUGACAGCGACAAUGUUAUAACAGUAUGUGACAUCAAUGGUUCUGCUUACGCAAAACUUCCUUUUGAGGUUCUUGUAACAUCAGUUGGGUUCCUGGAGGCAGAGCCUACUGACAAUCACUUAUUCUCGAAGGCAAAAGAUCUCUUAGGUGUUGGGACUUGUAGGGGAAACAUUGAGAUUGUAGAGCUGCAACAAGGGGGCCCUUGGAAAAUUAAAAAGAUCGGUGAGCUUGUCUCCAAGACAGAUUCGCCCAUCACUUGCGUUCAGAUGAGCGUAGAGAGCACUAAGGGAGAGUCACAUAGUGAGGCCGACUCUCAUGCAAAAUAUCAAGUUCUUGCUGGUAAUGAAGAGGGAGUUGUUUUUGUUUGGAACUGA